GGCAAAUCUUCCACUGCGCCCCCUGCUGUAUGCGGCAGGAGCUGCAGGCACCGCAGCGGGAGUUUAUUAUUGUAUUAAGAAGCGUCGCGAUGGGGAGAGAACCGCGGAGCCCGUGUACAGACCUCCCACCGAAGAUUCUGCUGUGGUGGAGUCAGACUUGAUGUCUGAUGUGGAUGCAGUCAGAGUCACACAGACUGACAGGGCUGUCCCUGAGGAUUCUCUGAGCGAGACUGAGGAGAACAAUAAGGAGGACGAGGUGUUCAGUGCUCAGGUGGACCGCGAGAGGUCCAACCUGGAGGACAGAGUGAGGGAGCUGGAGGGACUGGUCUGUGAGGCACACCGAGAGUAUGAGAGGAAAAAGAAGGACCUUGAGCGAGAGACGGUAACUCACGUUAUCCUGAAGUCACAGUAUGAGGGGUCACUAAAGGUCUCCUUGACUGAAGCUGAGGAGAAAUAUGAGCUUGCGAUCGAGUCCUGUGUUCAGCUGGAAAAGGAGAAAUCUGAACUGAUGUCUGAUGUGAAUGCCCUGCAAGGCUCAGUUCAGGAGCUGGAAAAAGAACUCUCUGAGAUGCGGAUAAGACAUGAUGAGCUAGCGACGGAGUGUAAACAAAAAAGUCUGCAGUUGCGCGUCCUGCAGACCAAGCAUGAUGUGAUGAGGACAUUUUUACAGAAGAAGUAUGAGGAAAAGCUUCUGGCUCACAGUGAGAUGAAUUCCCAAUAUGAUCAGACGAAGGAAGCAUUAACGGAGAAAGAGGUCUCUCUGGCUGAAGCUGAGGGGCAAUAUCAGACUUCAGUACACAUGAAUAAUAAUAGGAUACUCUACAUAAAAGAACUCAUAAUGGAAGCCUAUAAUCAGCAGAAGCAUGAGCAAAUAAGGCUGGAGCAUGAACGAGAGCAGGAGGCUCACAGUGUCUUGAAGACCCAGUGUGAUCACGUGAAGAAAACACACAAUGAGGAGUCAAUAAAGGUCACUGUGUUGAUGGGGUCCUGUGCUCAGGUGGAGUCUGACCUGAUGUCCCUGAUGAAACCACUGCGAGCCUCUGUGCAGCAGCAGGAGAAGGAAAUCCGUGAAAUACACAGAAUGUAUGGCAAAAUAAUGAAGGAGCAGGAAGAAGAAUGCGAGUCUCACAGACUCCUGAAACUGCAGUACACAGAGAUUAUGAAAACUUUAAAACAGUGCUACGAGUUACUAAAAAACUGCCUUGGAUCUGAGGAGCCUGAACCCCAGAUAUGAACCCCAGGUACCUGCCAGGGACAGAGUUUAACACCUGGAUAUUCUCUAAUGCAUGUGCACAUAUGCCAAGACCUCAAAGUCAGAGUUAUUCCUGCAGAGCUCUGUGCCGUUUUUCCAACAUGGGUGAAGGGGGUUGGACUGGUACCAUUAGGGCUUGACUCAAGGAUGGAUCAGGGGCACCUGGAUGCUUGUUGGGGCCCUGAGAGCUUGGUUCUAAGCACCUGUAGCUCCAGGGUUGCCAGUUGCCAUUCACUCGAUACUUGGACAGUGGACCCCAUCAAUGUAAUGUUUCAUCUGGCAAAAGCACCAGCAAUGUGAUGCAGGGGUCUACAGAGGGCAUGCAGUCCAGAGUAUUAUCGUAUGACAUAUUAGCAAAUCAUCACAGAGCUCCUGUUGUGGCUGCUUUAACAUUUGCCGGUUGUGUCUGUAAGUUGCUUGAUUCUGAACCCUUCCUAUUGCUGCCAGAGCCAACUAUGUAAAGUGUAGCUCAGCUGUUGGUUUGGUUUCUGGUUAAAAAAUAUUCCAGAGGCGCUCAUGGGCAUGCCGUCCUUAUGCAUCUCAAUCGAGCACUACCAGGGAGCUCAGAUUUUUGGAGGGUGUAGUGUAGUGGCGUCUGAGCCACUGUUGGCAAUGGCAGGAGUACCUUCAGGAUUAUUAUUUCUGUUAGUUGGUUUUGUGAGGGGAGCUCCAGUCUGAACUGGUGCAGAACUGGUGCAGUCCUAUGGGCAGAUCAGUGUGCAGGAGAACAAGAAAAAGGCACAACAUGUUGGGUACCUACAGUAAUAACUACAUCACUGUUGUCACAUUACUUUGUGAAAUGGUCUUGACAUACGUGAAAAAGAGAAUAUCCAGGUGUGAAUCACACUGCCCCUGGUGGUUAGGAGGGGU